CACAGCGCCGCGCCCCAGUCUGUGAGACGCGCACCGACAGAAACAAACGGUUGCAGAAAGAAACAGUGGACACAAUCCCACAAACGGAGAAAAACAUUAAGCUCCCCGCCUGUCCCCGAGUCGCUGUGGAUUCCAGCCGCACAUUUAAACCCCAAAAUCGCGUGUGUGAUGAACGGAGACUCAGGUGCAGGGGUGGUGACGGCCCCCCCUCCCACCAACCCCCCUCAUAAGGAGCGUUAUUUCGACCGCGUGGACGAGAGCAGCCCGGAGUACCAGAGAGAGAGGAACAUGGCACCCGACCUGCGGCAGGACUUCAACAUGAUGGAGCAGCGGAAGAGAGUGUCUAUGAUCCUGCAGAGUCCAGUGUUCUGUGAUGAGCUGGAGUCUCUGAUCCAGGAUCAGAUGAAGAAGGGGAAAACCCCCACCAGUUUGCUUGCCCUGCAGCAGAUCGCUGACUUCAUGACCACCAGCGUUCCCACCAUGUACCCCGCCGCCCCGCAGGGAGGCAUGGCUGCCCUCAACAUGAGUUUGGGGAUGGUGACUCCAGUCAAUGACCUGAGAGGUUCAGACUCCAUCGCUUAUGAGAAAGGAGAGAAGCUCUUGCGCUGUAAACUCGCUGCGUUUUACCGCCUGGCUGACCUCUUCGGCUGGUCUCAGCUCAUCUACAACCACCUGACUGUCCGGCUGAACACUGAACAGGAGCGUUUUCUGAUUGUCCCGUUCGGUCUUCUGUUCAGUGAGGUCACGGCCUCCAGUCUGGUGAAGAUCAACCUUCAGGGUGAGAUCGUAGACCGAGGCAGCACGAAUCUGGGCGUAAACCAGGCUGGCUUCACCCUCCACUCCGCCAUCUACGCGGCCCGGCCCGACAUCAAGUGCAUAGUGCAUAUUCACACGCCCGCUGGCGCCGCGGUGUCUGCUAUGAAAUGUGGUCUCCUGCCCAUUUCACCCGAGGCUCUGGCGCUGGGCGAGGUGGCGUACCACGAUUACCACGGUAUCCUGGUGGACGAGGAGGAGAACGUCCUCAUACAGAAGAACCUGGGUCCCAAGAGCAAGGUGUUGAUUUUGAGGAAUCACGGUCUGGUGUCUGUUGGAGAAACAGUUGAAGAGGCGUUUUACUACAUUCACAACCUGGUCACAGCCUGUGAGAUUCAGGUCCGCACCCUCGCCAGUGCGGGCGGUCCGGAUAACCUGGUCAUGUUGGACCCAGCCAAGUAUAAAUCUCGCCCACGCCACCUGGAGCCGGCUGGAGACGGGUCGAGCUCGCACCCGAAGUGGCAGAUCGGGGAGCAGGAGUUUGAGGCCUUGAUGAGGAUGCUGGAUAAUCUGGGCUACAGGACUGGUUACCCGUACCGUUGCCCGGCGCUGCGUGAUAAAGCUAAAAAGUACAGUGACGUUGAGAUUCCCGCUUCAGCCACGGGCUACUCAUACGCCGAGGACAGUGACUCGGGUGCGCGCUCCCCGUUAAAGCACAGCUUUCAGCGGCAGCAGCGGGACAAGACUCGCUGGCUAGCCGCCGCGCGGCCCGACGAGUCGGCAGAGGAAGGCCAGGACGGCAGCGGUAGCCCCAAGGCGAAGACUAAGGUGUGGACGAACAUAACACACGAUCACGUGAAACCCUUGCUGCAGUCUCUCUCGUCCGGUGUCUGCGUGCCAAGCUGUAUUACCAACUGCUUGUGGACUAAGGAGGACGGUCUCAGACAGGGUGCUGUGGCCAAUCAGUUUGUCCCGAUGAACACCAACCCCAAAGAGGUCCAAGAGAUGCGCAACAAGAUCCGUGACCAGAAUCUGCAGGACAAGAAGACGGCAGGUCCUCAGUCGCAGGUGCUCACGGGCUCCAUGGUGGACCGUUCGUUCGUCCAGAGAGUGACUAUAUGGCACGACGCUCCACUCUCUGACUGUACGGACUCUAUUGAUGGCAUUGACACUUCAGAGAGCUUUAGUCCUUCUAGGUCUAUUCGAAAGGGGGAGCUAGUCACCGCAUCUAAAGCCAUCAUUGAGAAGGAGUACCAACCGCGGGUCGUCAUCAAUAAAACGGGGCCAAACCCCUUCAACAAGUUCACAGACCAGGAUCUGGAGGAGUAUCGCAAGGAAGUGGAGUUCAAGCAGAAAGUCCCAGAAGCACAGGUGGAAGAGUCGGGCUCGGACGUCCCACAGGAGGAUCCGAGGGCCACCGCGGCCCCACCGCCCUCCAUAAUCCCCAGCCGCGGCACUGAAUCUGGGGGCCCGUCGGGGCACGACACCCCGGCGGAUCCUCCAGGAUCCCCUCAAAAGGACUUUCACUCUGCGGUUCUGAAGGCUCUGGGCUGUGAGCCGGAGCGAGACGGGACGCCUGCAGGUCAGACUGCGGAGGUUGAAGAUGGUCCAGUUCCCAGCAGCACCUGCACCCCCCCGAGCUCACCUGUGCGUGUGGAGGAAGAGGCACAUCAGGAACAGACGUCUAAAGACGACAGUGACGCCGCCACUUUAAGACAGACCCUCCCCGAUCUGACCCCCGAUGAACCCUUCGAAGCCGCCGCCCUCCCCGCAGAAGACCCCGCCCCCGAACUGACUGACUCCGCCCCUCAACAAGAGGGGGAGGAGCCUGUCGCAGGCGAUGAUGCGGCUGGUGACCAUGGCAGCGAUGAAUCACCAAACAAAUCCCCUUCAAAGAAGAAGAAAAAGUUUCGCACCCCGUCUUUCCUGAAGAAAAACAAAAAGAAGUCUGAAACCCAGUGAGGAAGCUUGGCAAUACCUUUCUUUAAAUCGAUUUGUUUUUGUACUGUGUCUGUUCACAUUAAUGCGUCGACCUUUUUAUUACAUUUUUAUUCUUUUAGCAGUUCUGGCUGAGCGCUGAAGUGCACUUUACGGCAAAGUGCGGCUUGUUAAUAAGCAUGAUCAUCGGUCAUCAUCUCUGUUUUUAUAUAGAAGAAAAAUGAAUAUGAAUAACCACUAUAUAAUGUAUUGGAAUGUAUCAAAUGUAAUAGAGAAAAAUGAAUUCAAGUUGAAAAUCCUCCUGGUGUUAAAUUAAGAUCUUUACUCCGCUGCAUGUUUAUAGUUUUUCAAAUCAUGUCUAUAAACGCCUAAAAAACCGAAUGAUCUGGAGUGAAAAUGCCUCAUUUAAUCCAGCAGUUUCACCUGACCAGGUUUACAAGAGUGUAAAACAUGCUUAUGAUCAUAUUCUGAUCAGCUUAAAUUUGUUUUUGGAUGGAAAUCGACUCGUUGAAUGAAUUUUUGUAAUGGACAUGCAGUGCGAGGCAUUGAGCGAAUCUCACAAAACCUGUACCAACGUGUUUCUGUCUCACAUUUCUCCCCAAAAUCAAAUAAAACAAACAAAA